CAUCUAGUUAAAUAAAAUUAGUAUUCUGGAAAGCCUCUCAUACGGGUUUGAUACUAUCAUCAAUUUAUCAAUCAUAGGGGUCCAAUUGAAUGUAUUUAGUAUAAAUUCCCUUGCAGUUUUGGAUUAAACCACAAAAGAUUUCCAACCGCCAUUGAAAGCAGUUUCCCGCCAAAGUUUAACUUUGACAGUUGACAGUUAUUUAAAAAAUAAAAUUGUUUUUUUUUUUUAAAUUACAAUGGUUUCUAAAUCGGCAUACGCUAUAUUCGCAUUCUGCCUGAUUUACGUUUUUGUUGAAGUCGAAAGUUCGUUUAUAAAGCCGAACAAUGUUCCAAGGGUUGGACGGAGCAGCGAAAGCGAUCCUUUCGACCAAGGUUUGAUGGGAUAUGUUAUUAAAACUAUCCCUAGUAAAACCAUUCCAAGGAUGGGACGGAGAAACUUUGAUAACGUAAACCGCUACGAUAUUCCAAAGUUGUAUCAAGAAUCUGAGGACAAUUUGAAAUAUUUUAAUGAUGAAGAUAUUUCAAGAAUAAAUCAAGAACAGGAGAAUUCUUACGGCAGCCGGUAAACACAAAGAAGAUCAUUAUGUGAAAUCCUGCUAACAACCUUCUAUCGAUUCCCGGCCAACUUUAAAUGCUUUAUUUCAGUCUAGUCAUUGUGUUUUUUGUUUUAAGUUUGAGAAUAAAUA